UAUAACGGGAUAAUUAGUUACCAUUUAUCAUAAAGUCACCUUCUCUUCCGUCCAUCAAGUAUCCAUCAUCUCUACCAAGCACUCACUCAUCAUUAAUAUAAUCACAGAAAGGCAGAGUGAAAUUCAAUUAAUUCAAUUCAAAUCAAAUUAAAUCAAAUCAAAUUAAAACGACAAAAAUGGGGAAAAAAGCAGUGUUAAUAGGAAUCAAUUACCCAGGAACAAAAGCAGAACUCAAAGGAUGCAUCAAUGAUGUUACAAGAAUGCGCCAAUGUUUACUAGAACGUUACGGAUUCGACGAACAAGAUAUCACAAUUUUGAUCGAUACUGAUAGAUCGUAUGAUCAACCAACCGGCAAAAAUAUCCGGCGAGCACUUCAGGAUUUGGUGCGAUCUGCUGAACCAGAUGACUUUUUGUUCGUUCAUUAUAGUGGUCAUGGUACUCGUUUACCGGCUGAAACUGGUGAAGAUGAUGAUACUGGUUUUGAUGAGUGUAUUGUUCCUUCUGAUAUGAAUCUUAUUACUGAUGAAGAUUUCAAAGACUUGGUGUGUCAAGUGCCAGAAGGUUGCCGGAUCACAAUAGUCUCUGACUCAUGCCACAGCGGAGGCCUAAUUAGUGGGGCAAAAGAGCAGAUCGGAGAAAGCACACAAUCCAAUUCAAAUGAAGGCAAUACUGGCUCCUCGCAGUUCAGCUUUUCAGGCUUCUUAAAGAAUGCAGUUAGGGACACUGUCUCUGACGCAAUUGAGUCCCGUGGAAUCCACCUCCCUCAUCACCAGACCAGGAACCAUGAGCCUAAUUACAGGGUGAUUGAAGAUGACAGCUACGAAGGGGAUAGAGACUAUGUACAAAGUCGAUCUCUUCCCCUUUCAACUUUGAUAGACAUGCUCAAGGAAAAGACGGGAAAAGAUGACAUUGAUGUUGGGAAAAUCCGUCCUACCCUUUUCGAUGUGUUUGGAGAAGAUGCUAGUCCAAAGGUGAAGAAGUUCAUGAAAGUCAUCCUUGACAAACUUCAUGGAGGAGAAGGCGGAACAGGGGAUUUGCUAGCGGCUGUUGGAGGACUCGCGAUGGAAUUCUUUAAGCAGAAGCUAGAUGAGAAGGACGAGGAUUAUGCUAAACCCGCAGCUGAUAUUGAAGUGCAGAGCAAAGAGGAGGUUUAUGCAGGUGCUACGAAACGGAGUUUGCCUAGACAUGGGAUACUUCUUAGUGGAUGUCAGACCCAUCAGACUUCUGCUGAUGCUAGCCCUGCCGGAAAUGCUGAUGAAGCUUAUGGAGCUUUUAGCAAUGCAAUUCAGACUAUACUUGAGGAAUCUAAUGGAGAGAUUAGCAACCAAGAGAUCGUGUCAAACGCUAGAAAGUUGCUCAAGCGUCAAGGUUUCACCCAACAACCCGGGCUUUACUGCUGUGAUGACUAUGUUGAUGCUCCUUUUGUUUGCUGAGUUGAUCAUGUUGGAGUUUGCUUUUGCUCGUAUGAGUUCAGGGGCAGAUGUAGCCAUUAUCAAUGCUGUCAACCGAUAAUAUUUAUCAAGUUAUAUAUCUCUAAAUAUGCUGAUAAGUGUAAUGGUUAAAAUGGUUAAUACAUUAUUGUGUGACGACAUUAUCCUAAGUUUAACAUUACUGUCAAUAUUUUUGAAAACAAUACUUAAUAUAUUGACAUAAUUUAAUUUUAUUUUGAAUUCGUUCCUAUGAGUUGAUGUCAUAACUCAUAUAUUAUUUAUAGUUAUGUUCUUUGGCCGAUAUUUUCCGGCUGGUUGUUUUAUUGAGAAACACAAAUUUGAUCAUUACUUGGGGGUCAUUUGCUAAUAAUGGAUAUUCAUUUGGUUUA